ACGUAUUUUGGCCAAUUAGGGCAGUUCCGUGAAAACAUAAUAUUUUGGAGCUGUGCUCUCUCAAAAGGGUUUUUGGGCUUCUGUGCGUCCUUAAAUCAAAGAUGGAUCUUUGCGGCCCAAACAAUCCUUUGCCUCGUCGUCGCGGCACAACAGCCACAACACAAACCAACGCGAAACAAAGCACAAAAGCACGUCAAGAGAUAGACUCAACUUGUUUAGAUUGCUUAGCUAGCUAGUUGCAAGAAAGAGAACAGGAAAGCAAGAUGUCGGACGAAGAGGAUUACGAAUACGAAUACGACGAUGACGAUGAGGAAAUGCAAGAUGAUCAGUUUGAGUACACGGACGACGAAGAAGAAGCAGACGAUGCGGAAGUGGCCCUGGAGAAUGCGUAUUACAACAGCAAGGGUCUGCGCGAAACCAACGUGGACGAAGCAGCCGACUCGUUUGAGCAAGUGAUUGUGCAGGAGCAGGAAGAAUUGCAAAAGAACAAUUCCAACAAGAAAUACGGCAAUUGGUCCUACAAGGCCAUCAAGCAGUUGGUCAAAUUGCAUCUCCGCGGCGGAAAACAUGAGCAAAUGAUGAAACAGUACGACCGACUCCUCGAGUGCAUUGCCGAAGGAGAUGUCAGUCCCAGUGCCGUAGAAAAGGGAAUCAAUGGCAUGCUCGAUCGAGUCUCUUCCUUGUAUCAAGGACAAGGAUCCCAACAACAACAACAACAACAACAGCAACAAUCCUCGUCGUCGGCGUCGGAAAAUAAUGACACCAAUCCACAGAAAAUGGCAUUGGCCGUGUAUGACGCGACCCUCAAAGUCUUUCAUCCCCAGUCGGGUGCGUGUCCCAAUGAACGACUCUGGUUCAAAACAAAUCUCAAAUAUGGACAGCUCUUGUACGAAAUGAACGAGACACCCAAACUCCAACAUGUCCUCAAGGAUCUCAUGUCCAUUCGCAAAGACUGUGGCAGUGGAACGUCCACACAAUCCAUGGAAAUCUAUGCCCUCCAAAUUCAGCUCUAUUCACGUCAAAAAGACAAUAAAAAAUUACGAGAAGUAUUCAACAAAGCCAUGGCGGUUCGAGGCGGUAUUCCGCAUCCGCGAACACUCGCCAUGAUUCAAGAAUUGGGAGGCAAAAUGCACAUGGCGGCACGCGAGUACGAAGCGGCGGGCAAGACGUUCUUUCAGGCAUUCAAAAGCUACGACGAAGCCGGCGAUCCCAGUCGAUUGCGAUGUCUCAAGUAUCUCGUAUUGGCCAGUAUGCUACACGCAAGCUCCAUUAAUCCAUUUGAUUCCCAAGAAGCACGGCCGUACCGAGAUGAUCCCGAAAUUGUUGCCAUGACCAACUUGGUACAGGCAUUUCAUGCCAAUGAAAUUCAGACUUUUGAACGCAUUUUGCGACAGAAUCAAGGACGCAUCAUGGAAGAUGAGUUUGUACGAGAGCACGUGGAGGAUUUGUUGCGGACCAUUCGGACACAAGUAUUGCGUCGUGUCAUUCGACCCUACACUCGCAUCUCCUUGGCCGCCAUUGCCUCGGAACUCAAUGAUAUUCCAGUGGCCGAUGUAGAGAGCUUGUUGGUGGGACUCAUCUUGGAUGGAUCUCUCGAUGGAAAGAUUGACCAGGUCACGGGAGUCCUCUUGAAAAAGGGAGAACGUGGGACUGGCAAACAACAGCAACAACAAAAAGCGCAAGUUGCAGCCAAUACAGAAAAGAGCCUGGAGGAACAAAAGGUGGAAGCCAUGAACAGUCUGAUUCAAACGCUGGAUGAAUUGGCGUCAUCUCUCACCAAUGCUCGCAUCAAGGAAGGUCCGCAGAUGCGUGGCGUGGUGCAUUGAAAACAGCAGCAGCGAUGCGAUGCAAACCGACCACGACAAUACACAAUUUUGCCCGAGAAUGCUCGUGGCUUGAUCACUCAUCUAUCUGAGCUGUUGUGGCCUUUUCCGGUCCAGCUGCAUCAUGCGCCGCAUCCUUGGAUCACCACCUGUCAAGGGGCAGUAAAAACAUGCGUAAAAUAAAGAAGGAAAUGUUCAUGAAUAGACUUUCUUUUGGUUUGAAUCGCGCCCUCUCGAUACUGGCACCU